UGGGACCUUUGCAUAUCCAAUUUAUUAGUUAAAACUGGCAUCGGUCUCAGUGUUGGAAUUGUUGUAUCAGCGCUUAUAUUUAAAAAAAAAUCUUGGCCUAUUGCAAUGUCUACUGGUUUUGGAAUUGGAGUCUCUUAUGCUGAAUGUCAAAGGACAUUUAAUCCCACUGCUAUACCUGGUGUUAAAAUUAUUAAAAAACCACCAACUUCAUCUGUAUAA